CCCCAUUCCCAUCCCUGCAACCCUCCCUCGCAUCCACCGCAUGAGCUUUCCCCUCCAAGCAGUCCUGAGCACACUAGACCUGCAACCCUCCAACCCUCGUUCAUACCAGUUGCCGUUGUGGCUUUUUGCGAGUUUGUCUGGACUCAGGACGAUUUUGCACCAUCCCAUCCUCCUGUUCGACGCCUCGUUUUCUGACAUUAGGUCGGAAGCAAUACCUCAUAACAAGCCUGCAUCCACUAACGUUAGAAGAGCGACUUGUGCCGCAAAUGGGUUAUCUCAAUUAUAAUCGAACGAGUAUACGAUCUUAAGGUCGUUCGUUUGGUCCCGCUUCGUCCUCCGUUUGCGUAACCCUAACGGUUCAUGGUGGUGAUUCGUUUUAACAACCACCCAUACCCGAUAUAAAUUGCCUUAAUUCUUAGUCUCUUCAGAUUUAAAUACUUAAUUACUGUCCGAUGGGCCCUCGCACGGCGGCCGGCGCGAUGUGCGGGCUCGGCGUUCGCAUGGGCUCCAAGACGACAUUGUGCGACUCGAACAGGGCGGCGUGCGACGCGUGCGACAACGUCGACACGUGCACGUGGGCGUCGCUUCCGCCCGAGCUGCUCCGCGACGUGAUCGCACGCGUCGAGGUGUGCGACAGCGGUUGGCCCGCCAGGCGAAGCGUUGUCGCCUGCGCGGGCGUUUGCCGCGCGUGGCGCGAACUGACGCGCGAGCUUCUGCAAUCCCAGGCGUCCUACAAGUCUUCUGGGCAGAUUACAUUCCCCGACGAGCUUAGACAGCCGGGGCCGAGCGACCGGUGCGUGGAGUGCUUUAUUCGGCGAUCGCGCAAGACCGGCACGUUCACGCUGUUCCUGGGCGUGCCGCCCAACUCGACGGAGAACGGCAAGUUCCUGCUCGCGGCGCGCAAGUGCGGCUGGCGGCCGUCAAGCAUGGAGUACGUGGUCUCGUUGGAUCCGAAAGACUUUUCGCGUGGCGGGAGCUCGUUCGUCGGCCGCCUGCGGGCGAAUUUCCUCAGCACGCGAUUCGCGGUGUUCGAGUCGUCGCACGAGCCCACGUUUUCUCUCGGCGCGCCCUCGUUGGCGCAAGGCGGAAGCAGCAGCAGCAGCCGCAAGGUGCACCCCGGGGGAGGCGCUAUCUCCGCCAGCAGUUACCACUGCAGCGCGAGGGCCGGUUACUGUGGUUACCACUGUAACGCGGGGGGCAGUCACUGUAGCCACCAUUGUGGUAACCACUGCGACUGUGGCAGUGCGGGCAGCAGUGGGGCGGGGACCCCGGUUGGCUGUAGCAGUAACAGUUUGGGCAACGACAACAGUGGCGGCUGUAGCAGCACUGGUAUCAGCAGCAGUAGUAGCGGCAGUGGUUACCAGGGUGCUAGUAGCAGCGCAAUUGACGCUGACGCUGCCACGUCAGCAGCUGUAUCAUCAAGCCUCCACGACCAUUCCCCGUCCCCCUCCCCAUCCCCCUCCCUCUCCCCCUACCCCUCCCCUUCCCCCGCUUCCCCCGCCCCUUCCCCCUCUGCCGCCGCGCGCGCCCUAACCUCCUGCAUCUCCCGCUCCGCCAACAACCUUGAGGGGUUCCGCUCACCCCGUCUCCCUUCCGCCUCCGCGCCCCCUUCCGCCGCGCCCUCCCCCUGCCCCGCCGUCUCCGCCUUCUCCUCCCCCAGUUCAAGCCCAGCUGCAUCAGCACGGGGGAGCGGCGGGGGAAGCGGGGGGAACAGCGGGCCUGUGGUUUCUGUAGCAUACGCGCUGAACGUGCUGGGGGUGCGCGGGCCCAGGCGCAUUCUGUGCACCUUGCACCAGGUGCCCGCGGGGGCGGCGGUUUCUGGCGGAGGGGGGAGCGGGGGAGGCGCAGGAAAGGGCGCUGGGGGCGGGAGGGGGAAGGCGGGGAGAGCGGGGGAGGGAGCGGGGGAGGGAAGGGGGGAGGGGAGGACGUUGGGAAGGGGGGGAAGUGGGCGGAGAUGGGGGGAUGCGUCAGCAGUCGCGGGGACAGGGGGAGAGGAGGUUCGAAGGGCGGCAGCUGCAGCAGCUGAUGUUGCUGGUACGGCUGCUGCCGCUUUAGGCAUGGAUCCCGUUAUAAGCACGUCCGAUAUGGGCAGUUCGAGGAGCCUGCUAUCACCGAUUUUAAGCAGUGCGCCUUCGGCGAGACUGGUUACCCCACCUGUUACCCCGCCUCCUGUUACCCUUCCGCCUGUUGCAACCCCUGUUACACACUCCGUUACAAGUCCUGUUACAACCCCUGUUACAAACUCCGUUACAACUCCUCGCGUUACAAUGCCUCCAGCUUCCCCUCCUCCUGCUACUGCCGUUGCUUUAGCCGCUGGUGCUGCUGCUGCUGCCGCCACCACCCCCCUUCUCUCCUCCCUGCUUCAUCAAAACCCGUGUGACCAGGAGGGGCGAGAUGAGGAGGAGCGAAUUUCUGACCAUUCCCAGCCUGCCACGUGUUCCUCCUCUUUCACUCCUUCCCCUCUUCCCCGCCCCCCCUGGUCCCCCUCCCCCGCCCCCCCUGCUGGCGCAUCCUCCGCCCCGCCCCGCUUCCCCGCUCCCCCCUCCCUACACUCCCCCGCUUCCCCUCCUGAUGUGUUAAUAGCCCCUGCAGGUCCCUCCCCCUCCCCCUCCGCUUCUUCCCCCUGCCCCCCCUCCGCCUCCCCCCCUUGCCCAGAGUUUCCCCCUUCCGCCUGCUCCUCCCUCCCCCCUUCGGCCCUGUCUUCCGCCUCCCCCGCGUCCCUUUCUUGCGCCUACAGGCUUAGUGGGGGGAAGGGAGAGAGGGGGGGGAUUGUGAGUGAGUUUGAGUGGGGGGGAGGGGAGAGAGAGGAGGUGACUGUAGAGGAAGUGACUGAAGGGAGAGAGGGGGAGCAGGAGGAGGAGGGGAAAGGGGAGGAGGUAGGGAAGGGAGAGGAGGGGAGAAAGGACGAGACAGAGGAGGAGAGGGAGGACAGGGCAGAGCGGGCAGGGAGAGAGGAUCAGGAGAGAGAGCAGGAGGAAAGGGAAGAGGAGGGUUUGCCGGUGGUGCUGACAGGUGGUCGAGAAAGGGACGGGGGAGCUGAGAGGGGUGGAGACGAGCCGGCACGAGAAGCUCGGACGCCACCCACAAUCUGUACGAUGGAACCGCUGGUGUCGUUCCCAGAGAGCGGGGAAGACACGAGUGCCGGCCUGACUGGAUUAACAGGAGAAGCCGGGCUAACGGGACUUAGAAACUCUGGCCAGGGCACUAGUGAGGGGGGGAGUGGCGAGCAGGAGGGCAGUCGGCAGGAGAGAUAUCUGCAGGAUGGCAGGGAGGGUUGGUUGCAAGGCAGCGGUAAUGGUGGCAGCAGCAGCAGAGACCCCCUGAUUUCCCCUUUCCCCGAGUCUUCCGCCCCGUUCCUCCCCCCGGCUGAGCUGGAGCUUCCCCCCGCUGCUCUGCCCAUGCCCACGCAAUCGCCUUUACGUGCGCCCAUGCCUGUGCCCAUGGUUGACGGGGCUCAUGGCUCUGCAUUGCCACCUGUAUUAGAGAAUGCGGUGGCUGCUGCUGCUGCUGCUGCUGCAUCAGUAGCAGGAGCAGGAGCGGCACAAGCUAGAGCAUGGGGAGCAGCGCAAGAGCCAGCAUCACCAGCACCAUCAGCAGCAGCAGCAGCAGCAGCAGCAGCGGCAGCAGCGGCUAGAACAGGGCGGGCAGCAGCAGGAGUGGCAACACCAGCAGCAGCUGCUAUGGGGGUGGCUUGGUCACCAGCAGCAGCAGCAGCAGCAGCAGGAGUGGCGUCACCAGCAGCAGUCGCGGCAGGAGCAAGGGCAGCCAUUGCUGUGACUCCCCCGUUUUCCUCCGCCUCUCUCACACGUGGUGUGCACACACCACGGACCGACGGACCCGUCUCCUCUCCUGCUGCAGCUGCCACCACCGCAAGUGCUGCUGCUGCUUCGCCUUCCCUUGCUGCUGCUGCAUCUGCUACAGCUGGUGCUCCUGCUGCUGCUGCUUCUGAUGCUGACGAUGAUGCUGACUGCACGGAGUGUGACUGUGUGCGGUGUGUGGGCCGGGCGCCUCUAGAGCCCAUGGUGCUGAGAAACAAGCCGCCAAGGUGGCACGAGCAGCUGCAGUGCUGGUGCUUGAAUUUCCGUGGUCGGGUCACAGUGGCGUCGGUGAAGAACUUCCAGCUCAUAGGAGGGGGACCGGGGAACGAUGCCGAGAAGCCGGUGCUGCUGCAGUUUGGGAAGAUUGGGAAGGACACGUUCACCAUGGAUUACAGAUACCCGCUGACUGCCUUCCAGGCCUUCGCCAUCUGUCUGAGCAGCUUUGACACCAAAGUGGCGUGCGAGUGAUGGAUGGCGAAACGAAUGAGAAGCCACGAGUGGCAUGAUGAUUUUGUUCACGCAUGCAUCAACAUCUCAACAUCAAGACAUUGGUAUGAGAAACACCUGAGAGGCUUCAACAUUGGCAUCUGGCAUCAUCACACCACCAUCAUCAGCAGCAGCAGGCACGCAAAAAGGAAAGGUCUCUGCAGAAACAACGGAUACCAUACGGACCAUACCAUACGGUCUCUUCUCCAUGCCAUAUGGUCUCUUCCCCAUACCAUAUGGUCUCUUCCCCAUACCAUAUGGUCUCUUCCCCAUACCAUACGGUCUCUUCCCCAUAUCAUAUGGUCUUCUCCCCAUACCAUACGGAUUGAGCUGAGAGUGCAGAAGACUGAUGAGGUGCACCAUGAUGCGGGUGUCUGCUACAGGAGUGUAGUGGUGGGGAUGGGUAAACUCAAGCCCUGCUAUAGAACCAUUGCAUACUCUAGAAUGGAGGAACUAUAACCUGUAUUGUGUGUGAUUUUACCAUACGGCUGGCGUUUGAUGACAGCUGGACAUGAGGUGGCGAACCUUGGCUAGAAAUAGUGUGCCUUUUUCUAUGAACUUUUUGUUGUAUUUUAUUUAGCCAUAGCAGCAAACUGCUCUAUAGUU